GGUCGUCCCUGCUCCUCCCAAAGGCGGGCCGGGCCGUCCUGGCCUGAUCGCGGGGCAGGGCUGGGGCUAGGACUGGAUCAUGGCGCCGCUGCGGGACUGCCAGGCCUGGCAGGAUGCUGGACUUGCUCUAUCCACGACUAGUAAUGAGGCCUGCAAGAUGUUUGAUGCCAUACUGACUCAGUAUGCAACAUGGACCAGUGAUAAGAGCCUAGGAGGCAUUGAGGGAUGUCUCUCCAAGUUAAAUGCAGCAGAUCCAAAUUUUACAAUGGGACACGUGAUUGCUAAUGGCUUGGAUCUGGUUGGCACUGGGACUUCAGUGCGGUUAGAUACAGAGCUGGACAGUGCAGUAAAGAAGAUGGUGGCUGUCUCAAAAUCACAGUCAUUGACUGAAAGGGAGAAACUACAUGUGUCUGCAGUCGACUUAUUUGCACGUGGGCAACUUCCCAAAGCUUGUGCAGUAUGGGAGCAGAUUCUACAGGACCACCCAACUGACAUGCUAGCGCUCAAAUUUUCCCAUGACACUUAUUUUUACCUGGGCCAUAGUAUACAAAUGCGAGACUCUGUUGCCCGGGUUUAUCCUCAUUGGUCACCUAAUAUUCCUCUGAGCAGCUAUGUGAAGGGGAUGUUCUCUUUUGGACUGAUGGAAACUAAUUUGUUUGAUCAGGCUGAAAAGCUUGCCAAUGAGGCUUUAGCCAUCAAUCAGAUGGAUGCAUGGUCUGUCCAUACCAUAGCUCACGUAAAUGAAAUGAAAGCAAACUUGAGUAAUGGGCUGACAUUUAUGAAGCAAACUGAAACCAACUGGAAGGACUCUGAUAUGCUUGCUUGUCAUAAUUACUGGCACUGGGCUCUGUAUUUUAUUGAAAAGGGUGACUAUGAGGCUGCUUUGACGAUUUAUGAUAAUCAUAUUGGUCCCAGUUGUGCAGCAAGUGGAACUAUGCUAGAUGUGGUUGAUAACUGCUCUAUGCUGUACCGGCUUCAGCUAGAAGGGGUAAAGCUGGGAGACAGGUGGAAUGAAGUUCUCCAGUUAACAAAGCAGCACACCAAAGAUCACAUUCUGAUUUUCAAUGAUGUCCAUAUUUUGAUGUCUUCACUGGGAGCCAAAGAUCACAAAACCACCAGUGAGCUCUUAACAACUCUUCAGGAACUUGCCAAGGAACCUGGGGAAGAUCAUGAGCUUGGCCUGGCUUCACAGCUGGGAUUGCCACUUUGCCAAGCCUUUGUAGAGUUUGACAAUGGAAAUUAUGACAAGGCAGUAGAACUGCUUUAUCCAAUUCGCUACCAGAUCCUGCAGAUAGGCGGCAGCAAUGCUCAGAGAGAUAUCUUCAACCAGUUGUUGAUCCAUGCUGCGAUGAACUGUAAAUCUAAAACUUACCAGAGACUGGCAAGGUGCCUCUUGAUGGAACGUGAUGCACUGAGACCAAAUUCGCCGUUGACUGAGCGGCUUAUUCGAAAGGCAUCAGCUGUUCAUGCAGUGGCUUGAAUCUCUCUCUCAUUCAGAUGAAAUCAUGGUUAGCACUAUUAAUCAAUAGCUUCCCAUGGAAUUAAAGGAAUCAAAAUGGGGGGAAUCACUGCUUCAUAAGCCAUAUCAGAUCUCCUGCUUGCCUGAACUUUGGAAUGCUCUUGUAGGUGAUUCAGCAUUGAUGCUUAACUUCCUGGAGCAUCUCCAGUCCUAACAAGAAAUUGGCUUAGUUAUGCCUGGGAAAAGGCAGCAGUUGCAGGAAAAGUAGAGGACUAUCAAUCCUUUGUUUAAAACCUGCUGAGCCAUCACUUUCUAGAAAUGUGGAUGGUUUCUAUACCUCUUGCGUUGUGAGAUAACAGCCCUCUAGACUGGCAGUCAAAUUAUUUCUCGGCUUUGCUAUUCUAGUCCAUAAAUAGGAAAGGGUGGACAUUCAAACUGCUUUUCAAGAACAUAAAACAUUAAAUGGGAUAUAUUAUAGAAGUCUGGGUGAUGCCAGAGGUAUAGGAAGCAUACAAGACAGCAUUGGCCCACCGUUACAUCUCAGCACAAAGUUAUGGGCCAAACCUUGCGCUUUUCCCUAUUACUACAAGAGAAGAGGUCCUGGCCUCACAGAACUACUGCUGACAUGGGAACAGAAGUUGGGAGCCAUAUACCUCCCUCAAGUUCUGUCCCACGCGCAGAGUGGUGAGGAAACAGAUAUGAGACUUGAAGCCAGAACACUCACAGCACUCUGCACGCAGUCUUUUGUUCUUGGCCUGCAUGCUGAUUCCAGAAGUUCUUCAAAGACACUUUGCAUUGCUGUCUAAGAUUAUGUCUGUAUGAUAUUCUUUGCCAUGAUUCCUCUAAAUAUUUUACUGCUUGUUUCUGUUAUUGCAUCUUUAAUGGAAAUUUAAAAAUCAAGGUGAUUUUUAUACUUAUAAUGCUCCACACUUUUAUAACAAAUCUAACAAGGGGUAAUGAUAGUGGGGAACAAUAGUUGAAGUCUACUGGCAAUCUAUUAAGUGUUCAUGUGAUCUUUAUUACAGUUGCAUUUUGGUACAUUACCAACAAUUGUAGGUAAAAUUCAUUCUUACAUUUU